UACCCCCUCCCUAACAGGUGCUGUUUUUUGUACUUCCAAUAUUCUUAUUUAGUUGGUAAAUGUAUUGCUUUGUUGGGAGGAAGUUAUUUGCUUUAUUUAAUAUUUUGUUUUAAUCAUUCUCUCUUCUCUUUGAGGUCACCUGGUCUUGUGUUGCCAUGGAAGCGCGCCCAUGAGCAGUGCUGACAAGGACCUGGUUUUUUCAAUCAGCCUCAAUGGGAAAAUCCAUUGUUUGAGAGAGAGGGGAGAUGUUUUCUGGAUUUUGAUUGGGCCCAGAUUGUUGUUAUUUGUAAUUAUGUAAAUAUUUUUCUAGGAAUAUAGUUUAGUACAAAUGUUUUUCUAGCUGGAAAUGUAAAGGUUGACUCCACCCCUUAAUUAGUCCAGGUAGGAGCCAAUGCUUUAAACACCAGGUGUGUUAGAUCAGGGAAAAAGCUCUCCCUCCUGUGGUCGGAAUGUAUGUGAUGCUGUGAACUGGAAUGAAAUGUUUGAAGAACGGCAUAAAAAAAAAACGUCCGAGCUCUACAAUUGCUGGAUUCUGUCUGAUUUUUUUCGUCGCAAACCAACACUUGGUGUCAGGAGUGGGAUGCGACGCCGAUGUCCAGAUAAGCGCUAAUUAUGGGUCCAAAGCAGCAGACGAAAAGCCUCAAAGUGGCAGAAGCAGCGCCAGUGGGGGAGCCAGAGCAGGAAGGAGCUACAGGUCAGUCCAGUGAUGAAACAGCAUCUGUGGACAUGAGCAACAUUGCUGGCAUGCUGGAAAGAUGUCUUCAGUUUCAGCGUGACUUUGUUGAAAGAUGGGACAAAGAAAAGGGUAAGCAAGAAAGGAGAUGGCACCAGAUACAAGUUGAAGUUGGCAAUCUGAGAGAUGAUCUGGGCAAGCAGCAGAAGACUGAAGAUGAAGCUCAAGCCGGCCCAUCUUCAGAAGCAGAUGUAGAGCCAGCUUCUCGGCAUUAAUCUAAAGGUGAGCCAGUACAAAGAGCAUGGACUCAAUCGGAUAUUCCAAAUUUUGAGGAGGGAGAUGACAUUGAACAAUACCUGACAACCUUUGAAAGGUUAGCAACAGCAUACCGGUGGCCCGAGAGGGACUGGGCAGUAAGGAUGGUACCUCAUCUCACCGGUAGGGCCCGAGCAGCAAAUGUGGCCAUGGCUGCAGAGGAUUCCUGUGAUUAUGCUGAAGUAAAGGCAGCCAUCUUAACAAAGUAUGAGAUUAAUGAAGAAAUGUACCGACAAGGAUUUAGAGAGCCGGAGGUCCGUGUGAAUGAAACCCCCCGAGAGUUCUAUAACCGUCUGAAAGACCUUUACCUGAAAUGGAUGCAACCUCAGGGAAAAAUAAAGGAUGACAUUGGGGCGAUUCUCAUCUUGGAACAGUUCUACAGUUCUUUGUCACCAGAGCUGAGAAUAUGGGUCAAAGAGAGGAACCCAGCAUCGGCACAAGAAGCAGCAGAACUUGUUGAAAGCUUCUUGGCUGCCAGAUGGGGACCAAAAACCUUCCGAUACAACCUUCAACAGAAGGCCAGCUUAAUGCAGGGCAGCUGAGGGGUCCUCUGGAUGUUCUUCAAGAGUCCUGGGUUGGCAUGAGGGAUCAGUCAACCAAUGUCAUCAGAUACAUUUUAAAUAUGAGACAGAAGAUGGAGGAGACGACUAACCUCGUAAGAACGCACCUGGAGAAGGUUCAACAGCAGCAACAGACCUGGUAUGAUAAAACGGCCAGGUGCAGAUCCUUCAAACCAGGUCAGAAGGUUCUUUUAUUACUUCCAACAUCUGACAAUAAACUUUUAGCAAAAUGGCAGGGGCCAUACACUGUUGUAAAGAAGUUAAGUGCAACCACCUAUGAGAUUGAGAUGCCUGAGAGAAGGAACCCAAAGCAAACCUUUCAUAUCAAUCUGCUUAAGGAGUGGAAAUCCCGGGCUCCGCCCCUUAGUCACCAGUGCUUUGUGCGUGCUGUGGAAGAAGAAGAUGAUGAUGAUGAGGUUGAGAUGCCAUCUGUAAAAGAUUGUGUUAUUUCACUUGAGGGAAGUGUGAGGGAUUUACCCCCUCCCUAACAGGUGCUGUUUUUUGUAUUUCCAAUAUUCGUAUUUAGUUGGUAAAUGUAUUGCUUUGUUGGGAGGAAGUUAUUUGCUUUAUUUAAUAUUUUGUUUUAAUCAUUUUCUCUUCUCUUUGAGGUCACCUGGUCUUGUGUUGCCAUGGAAGUGCGCCCAUAAGCAGUGCUGACAAGGACCUGGUGUUUUCAAUCAGCCUCAAUGGGAAAAUCCAUUGUUUGAGAGAGAGGGGAGAUGUUUUCUGGAUUUUGAUUGGGCCCAGAUUGUUUUUGUUUUAGUUUUGAAGUUAUUUGUAAUUAUGUAAAUAUUUUUCUAGGAAUAUAGUUUAGUACAAAUGUUUUUCUAGCUGGAAAUGUAAAGGUUGACUCCACCCCUUAAUUAGUCCAGGUAGGAGCCAAUGCUUUAAACACCAGGUGUGUUAGAUCAGGGAAAAAGCUCUCCCUCCUGUGGUCGGAAUGUAUGUGAUGCUGUGAACUGGAAUGAAAUGUUUGAAGAACGGCAUAAAAGAAAAAAGUCAGAGCUCUACAAUUGCUGGAUUCUGUCUGAUUUUGUUCGUCGCAAA